GCAGUAAUGCGUUUCGGCUUUGGCACCCGCCACACUCAAGCUUUGGUACUGUUUAUAUGUUUAACCGUGGCGUACACCAUGAGGGCUCAGCUCAGCGUGUCUAUGGUAGCCAUAACUGGUCACGCGGUCACAGAAAGUGAACUCUGCAGUAAUGUAAGCACCAGUGAGAAUACCAGCUGUGUUACAGAAGAAAUCAGCGCCUGGAGUGUUUAUCGUACGUACAACUGGAAUAAAUCGACUCAAGAAAUGAUAUUGUUCGCGUUCUUCGUCGGCUACACCACCAUGAUGAUCCCGAUGGGUAUAAUAGCGCAGAAAUUCGGUGGAAAAUUUCCGAUCAGUGUGGCGCUAUUCGUUAAUGGAGUUGUUUCUAUCAUCAGCCCUUGGAUCCCUUUAUUUGUAAGUCCUUAG